AUGGGCGAUUGUGAUGGCGGCGGCGGAGGUGGCUUUGGCGGCGGCGGAGGUGGCUUUGGCGGUGAUUUUGGAUCGGGUGGCGGAGGAGGCGGAGGACAUGAUUUUGGAUCUGGUGGCGGCGGAUUCAGUGGGUUCGAUAUGGGCUCGAAUGAUUUGAGUGCGGGUUACUCAAGCCCUCCGCCAUCGUAUUUUUCAGAUCCGAGUAUUUACCAACCGGCUUUUGAUAACCAAACGACCCAUGAAACGUCACUUCAGGCACCCGGUUAUGCUUCAUCAAAUAUUGGCAAAGGAGCUCCACCUUCACAUUUAGGAUUUCAAUCGAAUUAUCCUCCACAUGCCAACUACCCUCAGGCAACGAACGGGGGUAUGCCAGUCCCAAACUUCUCACCACCGCCUCUACCCCCUCCCCAGCCCACAUGUCAGAGAUCCUCGGGAUGUACGAAUAACCCGUACUGUAAAAGACAGGGAGUCAUAAUUGGUCUUUUUGUCGGCUUUGUCGUUUUGGCGCUAUUUAUUCAAAUGAUUAUACGACGAGCAUUAUAA